AUGGCAAUAGUUUUCUCAGAGGACGACCGAAGUUUUUUCAACAAGUUUACGAGUGCACGGAACGGGGACCACAUCAAUGAUGACAUGUUGGAAGACGUUCAUAAUGUCUUAUCGAACAAGGAGUUUUCUCAUGCAACAAGGCUCGCUGCAGCGAAACUUCUGGUGCAUUUUACGAAUGCAAGUCAUGGAGAAUGUACACGUCAUCCUUCAGUAGACUGGGUAAUAUUAACAGCAAUGCUCGAAAUGGCCAAUCCAGAACGUUUAACGGAAAUAGUGAGAGCGUGGAUGGUCUGCUUUAGAAAACGUCGAAUAGGCGAUUCUGAAGAUGAGGCGAUGUUCCUGGCCGCGUUAGCCCGGAUUUUGCCGAAGAAGGGCUUGUGCUUGAGGGAAAGUCUUUCGGAGAAAGAAUUGAAUUUGCUUCAUAGGUAUAUAGUGUUAACAUUUAUCCUUUUUUCUGAAUUGGAUCGAGGAUCAAAAAUAUUUGAUGGUGCUGUGCUUUUUAUUGUUAAAACAAUGCCUCUGAAUCCUCAGCUUUUUGACUUUUGUGUUGAAAAACUCGACCCAGAUCUUCGCGGUAAAUAUGGUAUUAUCAAAGUAUUCCUUCGAGAAAUUAUUCCGACACAGCGUGAUGAAGUGAUCAAGAGCGAUGAAUUUAUCAAAACGAUCUGUGAUCAGCUGACGAGUAUACUCGCCAGCCAAUUGAUUACAAAUUCAGCCUCAGGCUUAGUGGCGACUUUGGUAUCUUUAUUCCCAACGUCAGCUCCUCUUCAGGCCUUGUUCGCCAAAAAUAUGGUGCAUCAUACAAAGUGCAUACGCUCAAAUAUUUUGCGUUGGUUUGGACGUUUUGAAGUGACGAAGGAGAGUUGCCAAUUUUUGCUCGCUCUUCAACGCUCCAUUCGUGAGUCUUUUCUCACUUCAGAAGAUGACGUUUGGCCUCCGCGCGUUUGGGAAACAGAGGAUGUUUCGUGCAUUGAUCCAAGAUGGGAGACUGAAGAGUCAGAAGAUGUGUUAUGGGAAGCUGACAGAUUACUGGAUGCUUAUCUUAAUGUGUCCAGCGUGGUUCAGCAGCGAUAUCGUCAUGAGCUUGAUAGCAAGGAUCCACUCAUCUACGCUGGACUUAAAUGGCACCUUCCCGAGAUUCGCCUGAGUGCAUUCCGGCUGUGGAUAGGGUGUUUAGGUAAAGAGGUGGUGGAACCCGAAAGUAAUCGUUUUUUAGAAGAGUUUAUCCUGAAUAAUGCUGCAUCUUCUCUCACAAGUCUACGCCAAGCUGUUAAGGAUGUUUCUAGUUACUGCACUAUGACGCCGGAAGGCGAGGUCAAGUGGGAAGAACUGAGCAGAGCCAUCCACGAGCGAGAGAAAUUGGAUGAUGAGCAGCGUGGAACCAGCUAUUUGCCUGAUGAACUGAGUGGAACGGAAGUGAUGCCGCUCCCCUCUCCUCAGAGAGCUUCAGAGCGCCUGGAAGAGGUUUUACAGUUGUCUGGCUCUGUAAGCUCAAAAUCGUGCCCGACAUUUCCUCAACUUUACGAGAAUCUGGCUAAAGCUGGUUGUGAUCAGAGGGUCUAUGCCAGAUUUAUCAUUGAACUCAUCAACUUGAUAAAGUCACAUAAUGAUGUGAAGACUGCGUUGGAUGUGAUUUCAAAUGCAGUUAUUAGAUGUAGAUUGAAGGUUGUUGUUGAUCACGGCUGCAAUGUCGUAGAUGAAAUUCUCUCCAGUCAACACUAUGAUGAACAUUUUUUCUUCCUUGUCGAAUAUCGCUAUUGUUGGGCUAUGAAUCACCUUAUCGACCAGAAAACCGAAUGUCGCACUCUACCUUUGUCACGCAUUCUUUGGUCUGUGUGCGAGAAAUCUAGAGAUCUUCUGCAGAUAUGCUUUGAGUCCUGUCGAACAACAUUGAGCGAGCCAUCUCUUGAUGCGAAGGUCCAUCAACGAGUGUUAAAAACUUUGAAAUUAUUUGCGUCGAAGGCGGAUUGUAAAAUGCCGAAAGACUUCGUGGAGUUUCUAUUCUGGCAUUGCGUGGAUGUUCAAAAGCAUAACGAUUUUCUUGUGAGAAGUGCAGCAACGAUAUUAUUCGGUUUCGUAGUUCGAUACAUCACCAGAAGCCGUGUGGUACCAGCGUUUUAUAUUGUGGCGACAAGGGUGAAGUUUUGGCAAGAGAUGGUGCGGAGAUGUUCAACGCUACCAGCAUUACUAUCAUGCCAGCGAAUUCUACUUCUCAGUUUCCUCUCACGUUUCACUCUUGGCUGUAUUGACUGCUAUUCGACGUCCGUGCAACAGGAUAUUCGCUCAUUACUGCAAUCACUAAUUGGGUUACUGAAGCACUCGCCUGAUAUAAGGGAACGACGCUUCUGCCUGGAGGUACUGGCGAAUAUGUCGCCCAAAGAAGCUCACGUGGAGUUGAAGGAGAGCAUGAAGCAUUUACAGCAAUAUCGGGAUCAAGUCUCGAGUGCUGAUUGCGAUUUCCUGGCGUACAUCAUGAAGGUAAUUGGUGAACCGUUCGACGUGAUGGGUAAUCGGGCAAUCCCAGUCGAUCUCUUACAGUCAAAGUAUGUCCAGCUUAUAGAGAGGUGCCGCACUGUGGAUCCUCGCGAAGCUUUGAACGAAACGAAGAAAAUACUAGCCUGUGUGGAGUCACAUUCAGCUGAGCUCACUCUGCAAGCGGUCGCUAUGGCACUGUCCCAAAUAGCGGUCCAACUGCGUGUAAUGGGUGACGUUGACCCUUCUAUUCGUUGCUCAUUAGUAUCUCAAUGUUGUGCAUUAUUCGAAAACAAGUGGUGUACAUCGCGAGUGAUGUCCAUACUGAGCAGAGUACCGGCUAACUUAGGUCUUACAAGGCUGUACUAUCAGAAGUUCUACGUUUUACAGGUCCUAAAACAGUGGGAAAGCCAUAAGAUCGAUUGA